AUGUAUCGCUCCGUAGUUUUACUGUUUAUUAUAAUAAGUGUCACCGAGAGUCAUCACUGCCACGGUGACCACGACUGUAUAGUCAACUUCAGAUUGAAUCGUAAUAACAACAGGAAGUUCGAGAAACUCUUCGAUAAAGUGUCUAGAAAUGUCAUCCUUGCAGACAGAGAAGUGCACCACGGCUGUGGAGCAACCACCACUAACCCAAUACAUGAAUUAGUCGGUUCUGACUCCUACGUCCUUAAAUACACGUUGCCGGAGUUUACUGGAGCAACUUUUAGCAUCAGAAUCAAACAUCGAGUGAUAUAUUUCUACGCUUACAAAGCAAAUGGACUUUCGUUUAGAGAUGUGAGAAUUUUGCCGCAAAUUGUACGGACACAGGAUGCUCAAUGGUUUAUGGAAGAUGGAAUCGUAAAUGUCUUAUUCAAUUACAAAAGCCCGAUAAAGACCGCCACGGCGAAACUUUGCGGGGAGUACGUUGAUGAAGCAAUCCUGAGUGUUCCGAUGACCGCGUUGUAA